AAUUAUGCUAGUUCCAAUCCACCAUAUCUUCCAUCUUCAUUAUUAGAAAUGAUUAAUAUGACAAUAAAAGUUGAUACUAUUGAAGGAGUUGGAGAAAAAAUUGAAGGACUUGAAAAGAAAAUUAAUGGAAUUGAAGGUGAUGUUAAGAAUAUAAUGAAAUCUGAAGGAAUUGAAAAUCGAUUUAAUGAAUUUAAUGAAGAUAUGAGAAGUAUUGAAGAAAAAAUUAUAAAGAUGAUGGAUUUGAUCGAAAAACUUUCUUCAAGUAAAAAAGUUGAGGAUGAUGGUGAUCAUGAUAAAGA